AUGGGGCAGAAACCAUCUGUCCCACAGCCAGGAACAACAAUCCAAGUCAUCGGAGCUGGACUCCCCCGCACUGGAACCGCAUCGUUCAGUAAAGCCCUGGAAAUCCUUUUAGAAGGUCCAACCUUCCAUUGUGGAACACAGGCAACGCUAGGCCCCCCUAUCCAAAUCAAAACAUGGAUACAAGCACUCAAGCACUGGGCUGCAGGAGGUGACACCGACAAAAAAGCCCUCCUUGAGCUUCUGGCACGCCAGUACGAUGGCUAUGCUGCGACGACUGAUUCCCCAGGCGGCCAACUCGUCCCUGAGCUCAUGGCGCUGUACCCGGAUGCCAAGGUUAUCUGUACAGUCCGGGACCCGGUGUCCUGGGAGAAAUCCAUGAACCAAGUGAUGCAUUAUACGUUCCUUUGGUUCUUGCGUGGCGUUCUAUUCCCACUGCCAGGCAUGAGGCAUUUUAUAGAUUACCUUACUCUACUCAGUGUACAGUGGAAAAGGCUCUAUGAUGAGGAUGUUCCCACGCGGAAAACGUAUUACCGGCAUAUCGAGUGGUUGAAGGAAGUUGUUCCUGAGCACCGGCUUGUGUUUUAUGAUGUUAGGGAUGGAUGGGAGCCUUUGUGUAAGGCGCUUGGGAAGGAGGUUCCGAAGGAUAUACCGUUUCCGCAUAUUAAUGAUGGGGAGGCGAUCGAGAAGAUUGCCAAGUUGCAUAUUCGGAGGGGUUUGACGCGCACCAACUUCUCGCAUAUAUCGGUCAAACCUCUCCAUCCAACAUUCACUGCAGAGGUCAGCGGCGUGGAUUUCUCAUCUCCGAUCCCAGAUGAUGUGUUCAGCGAGGUUCUAGCUGCUUUGACGAAGUAUGGCGUUUUAGUCUUCCGUAAGACAGGCCUCACGGACGAAUCCCACAUCGCAUUUUCCAAACAACUCGGAGAACUAGACGAUGUUACGCCAUACAUAAAAGCAGGUCGACCAAAUAGACUCAAGCACGUGGAACUCUUCGACGUGAGCAAUAUCGAGCUGGACGGGUCGAUACUAGAUCCUUCUAGCCCGCGAGCCCAGGCGAACAAGGGAAAUAGUCUCUUCCACGUAGACUCUAGUUUCAACCCCCGUCGAGCGGGCUACUCGCUACUCCUAGCGCAUGAACUCCCUCCACCCGGGAUGGGCGGUUCCACCGAGUUCGCAGACACACGAGCUGCAUUCGAUAACCUCCCGAGGGAACUCAGAAACGGGCUUUUGGCUAAUGAUUACGUGGCUUGUCACUCGAUGCAUCAUUCGAAGAAAGUAGCUGCGCCUGAGGCGUAUGCUGAUAUCGAGCCGCUUGAUUAUCCGAUGGGUCGGCAUAAGAUUGUUCAACGGCAUGAAGCGUCGGGCCGGAUGAAUUUGUAUAUUGCUGCGCAUGUGCACCAUAUCGAGGGUCUGGAUCCCGGGAGAUCGGACGAGCUUUUCCAGAAACUAUUUCGGCAUGCUACGAGGGAAGAGAAUAUCGUGCGUGUUAAAAGGACCGAACCUGGGGAUUUGAUUGUUUGGGAUAAUACCUGUGUUAUGCAUCGGGCUGUUGGAGGGCAAUUUGUGAAUAAGUUUAGGCGGGAUAUGAGACGGUGUACGGUUCAUGAUUCAAGUUCGAUGGCUUGGGGGUUGAAUGAGCAUACGGACGUUAGACAGGGAUUGCCCUGA